AAACAAAACAAAAUUAAAAAAUUUGUUGCUUAAAUUAAAAUGUACACCGUUAAGAAGUGUUGUUGCUUUCCGCUAAAAAAAGGAGUACUUGCUAUAGCCAUUAUCGAAAUUAUACUUGGAUUGCUUGAAUGCGUUUAUAAUGCUUUUACUAUCAAACUGGAAUGGCCCACAUGUACUGUAUUUGGUGUAUGGAUUAUUCAUUUUAUUGGAUGCAUACUUCUAAUAGUUUCAAUAUGGGUGCAAAAAAGUCCACUACCAAUUUGGUAUCUGGUAACUAAUAUUAUUCGCAUGUUAGCCUAUAUAGCAGUAGUGGUAUGGGGAUUUUUUGCUGGACAAAUACUCAAUUCUGUAGGAUUGAUCAUCGCAAUCUUUCUUUUCAUUUACUUUUGGAUCUGUGUAUUUUCUUGGUUUAUGGAACUGCGGGACCUUGAAAGUUAGAGCUGCAAGUAUCCCGAAUCAAUGAAUAUGUUUAUUAAAAUUUGUCGUGCAAACCUCCAUUUUACUACUUGGUCUUAGAUCUCCAAAAACUAAAAUUUUAUAACUGAAAAUGAACCUCUAUCAUACAAUUUCGAUAAAGAUAUUUAAGACAAACAUUUGAGUCAUAUUUUGUCUAAACUGAAAAUAAAUUAGUUCAAUAGUAAAACUAAUUAUUUUGUAAUCUUCUAUU